CACUGAUGUGUUGUAAACAACAUGGCAGCUUCCUGUCCGGUCUAUUCUGCUACAUAAGAAGUUAGAUUUUGGUGUUGCCGUGGUCUCACAUCACAUUCUGUCUCGCUUCAAGAUAAUCGACCAAUCAUGGCUCUCCUAGAUGACCCCGCCUUCAUCAUCGCGCACAUCCGACACUCCUUCAUCACGAGUGACGACACCGGAAUGUGCGAGAUGGCCAUCAUGAACGAAGAAAUAGACUGGCCGCAGAAGAAGAAAGAGAUCGAAGAGAAAAGAAAAUCAAACAAGGCCCAGUUUGACAGCUUUGACAACGACCAAGGAUAUGACGACGUUGAAAUCUACGGUGAGUCUUACGAGAUCGAGUCCAGCUUCGACUACAGCUUCCGCCACAGGUCGAACACGGCCGUCCGACUAGAGAAACUCCGUCAGGAUAGGAUGCAUCAAACCCAAUGUCGGAGGAUACAGUGGAAAGAUGGGGCCUCAGACUUCCCAGAUGAGGAACUGGAUGACCUGUUCGGGAAGAAAAAAGUGAAGCAAAAACCCAAGAUCUUGAAGUCGUCGCUUUCGAUUCAACUGGAGCGAUUCCCUGACCAAGCCACUAAUAUUUUUGCUGAAUAUGCAAACUUUGAUGGAAAGGUAUGUACAUGUAGGUACAUUGUAUGUACUUGAACUGAGAAGCAUUCUUUAUAUUAAUUUAUCACAAAUUUCUAACAUGCUGACGUGAAAUACCCCAACUUGAAGAGUAACAAAUUGUAUGUUGAGAAAUUCUUGCCUUUUUAUAUUUUAGAGGGACUGUGUAGCGCUUUGUAACUUUUAAAAUAUCGCUUUAUAAGAUUAUUAUGAAUGUAAAGCAUUCCGAGUUAAUACAAACAUACAUACCAAGGUUUUUUACCUGACUGCUAAGAAAGCACGAAUGCCUGUGAGCAAGUAACCAGGGGACCAACGGCUUAAGGUCCUCUCCGAGGGACCUGGUAAUGAGGAUAAAUGCCUUACCAAAGGGCACUAGCGCACCACUUGGGAAUCGAACCCGGGUCACCGGAAUCCGAAACCCUCGCUCUACCAACUGAGCUAUCGCGCCUAUGAAAUGUAUUUGACAGCUGCCGUUUUGCAUCAUGGAUAGUCUGCAAGUUCAGACCCAAAGUGACACUUCAAAUACCUUUUUAAUCAACAGGUGGGUCUAGUGACAAGUCUAUAAAGCCAAAGUACUAAUCUUUCGGUUGAUGAUCUUUUGUCUCUGUCAGGGCUUUAGGCUGUAAAUUCAGACCAGUUUCCUCACACUAUAGGGGGAGGGGUGGCCCCUUGCAAACUAGGGAUGCAAAUAACGUUUUAUAAAAAAAUGAUAGAAAUUUAUAUAGCGCCGUCUAUCUAGAAAUAUUCUAUUCCGAUGCAAUUUAUUAUUAUCAUUACCCCGGCUUUAGCUCGAGCUGCCUUUCAGCGCUCAUGCAUUCAAGGAAUUAAUCCUGCCGGGUACCCAUUCACCUCACCUGGGUUGAGUGCAGCAGAAUGCUGAUAAAUUUCUUGCCGAAGGAAAUUAUGCCAUGGCUGGGAUUUGAACCCACAACCCUCUGUUUCAAAGUCAGAAGACUAAUCCACUGGGCCACAACGCUCCAGCCUUGAAAAGCACAUCCAAUGCUUAGAACCAUU